AUGAUCAGUGUAGAUGGCAUCCGACGAGCAUCGUCAAGUGUCAGUAUCCACAGUACACCAGCAACACUGUCCACCAUUGAGGUGGCGGCACAGGCAGCAGUAGCAGCCAUGCAAGCUGCACGCUCCAGUCCAGUGGUGAAACUUCCUCAGCUGAAACUGUCUCAGUUCAAUGGAGACAUCAUGGACUGGCCAGAAUUCUGGCAGACAUUUGAGUCCUCUGUUGGUCUUCGUCAAUCGUUGCCGGACGUAUCAAAAUUCACAUACCUCAAAAGCGUCCUGACGGGUGUCGCCGCAGCAGCCAUCGAAGGCAUUCCAAUAACAGCAGCUAACUAUCCUAUCGCAGUUACGAUGCUGAAGGACAGAUUUGGACAGCCUGAGCUGAUAGUGGCAACACUCUAUCGUAAACUGGCACAGCUGCCACAAUGUAACAACAGGUUUACUGAAGUGAAGGCUAACAUUGACCAAAUGGAGAAACUCCUUCGUCAAUUGGAAGCUCAGGGAGAGAACCUGGAUACUCAGCGCGUCCUCAUUCAGCAACUCUUCUCGAAGUUCCCGUUCCAGCUCGUCAGCAAACUGGAGGAGCAGAGAUCCGACCAUACGGUGCCAUGGACGGUCAAAACAGUACGGGAGAUGCUAGCGAAGUAUGUAGCAAUGCAGAACACAGUUCGUCAGUUCACCGACAACAUCAGCCAGACACCUCAGCCUAAGAUAGAUGGACACCAGCAACAACACCAUCGUCCACCAACAAUGGGAUUUGUAUCCAGCCAGGCAAGCCUCAGAAGAGAACCGUCCUGCGUCUUCUGUCGGUCAAGCCAUUUCAGUGAUGAGUGUACCAACUACUCAACACUGGAUUCCAGGAAGGAUCAACUGUUGUCCCUACGUAGGUGCUUUGUGUGCCUCAAAGAAGGCCAUAUCGCAAGGAAUUGUGCACACCGUAGUAGAAAUUGCUACCACUGUAGCGGAACAGGCCACAGUCGUGCUAUUUGUCCCAAGAAGGGUCAACAAUAUAAUCCAGCAGUCGAAGUUCCGAAACACCAGCAAACAAAUUCACUGGUCAAUGGCAGUCCACAGACAGCAGCAAUCGCAGCUUUGUCACCGGCAGAGAUGCCAAGCCAAGAGCCGACGGCAAUUCCAGAUGAAACCACGGAACUAGCCACCACGAGCGUCUCAACACUGAAAGCAGUUAUUCAGUCAGCCAUGCUGCAAACCGCUAAGUGUAACGUGACUGACCAUUGUGGGAAGAAGGUCACGGUCAACGCACUACUGGACAGUGGCAGGCAACGAUCGUUCAUCACUGCAGCUCUAGCUAAACGACUCCAGCUACCAGUCGAGAAUGAAGAGAGGCUCUACCUGAACACCAUGGCAGCAACUAAGUCCAAGAGCUUCAAUUCGCAAUCGUUCCAACUCGCUGUCAACCUCCGAGACGGUAACAUGGCACAGAUAAUGAUGUAUUCAUGUAAUGAAUUCAGUUUAGCGUAG